AAUUCUUUUAGUCUAGUAUUUGCCCAUUUAAAUGAUUCAUUCUUACGAUUAUUUUGCAUUUAUUUAAAUUAUAUACAGUGCAUGUGUAAUAUUGUUAAUAUGAUUUUUAUUUGUAAUUAAUAAUUUUUUAAAAAUUAUUAACAAUAGUCAAGUUCGUGUAAUUGUUAAAAAAAAUGGCACAUUUAUUUAAACAUGGAUUUAUGAGAAGUAAUGUUAACGUUAAUAUUAAUUAAUUUUAUGGUGAACUUUUUCAUUAAGUGUGAAUUUGAAAUUCGUUACCGUUACGAACCAGUGAUACAAAAAACUGCGAAGAUGGCGGUCUUUGGGCGGAUGUAUACGUUUACAUGAAAUCUUUACAUAUACUUAGGUGUCGCUCGUUAAGGGCAGCACUAGUGCACUGCGACGCGAUAGGUCUAUACUCAUGAAUAAAUGGCUUGUGUUUCCGAAACUAUGAUUGGUUGUAACUAAUUUAAGUACAAUUUGUUGAAUCUGGAUCUAAGCCAAUCUACUUGCACGUUUCAAGAUACAGUGCUUUUUUAUUGGUUGAUCGCUUAGAUACUAUUGAAUCAUUGCUGAUUAUUGGCUUAAAUAAUAGUACUAUAAAGUGUAAAGAAAAAUUAUCUUCAAAAUUCGCCUACAUCAUGUGAUGUAUUCAUCGCGUCAAUCUUGUUUGGUGCGUGCUGGUGCGUGCGUAGGGCACGGUGUGUAGGUGGAAUAUCUAAACGUUUAAAGAAUUGAUCUUAUUUAAAUAUCUUUAAACUAUAAAAAACUUCAAAAAUUACGCAAAUGUCUGAAUCAGAUUUAUUAGCUAAUGACCAUAUUGAUGGCCUUGAUGGACUUGAAAAUGGUCAAGAUGGUGAUGCUAUUAUGCAGUGUGAUGGAGUUAAACGUGAAUUGAAUGAAGCAAAUAUAGAUGAUCCAGAACUAGAAGCUAUAAAGGCGCGUGUAAGAGAGAUGGAAGAAGAAGCAGAAAAAUUAAAGCAACUACAAUCGGAGGUGGAUAAACAGAUGAACAUGGGUAGUCCACCUGGAAUCACGAGCCCAUUGAACAUGUCACUCGAAGAUAAAAUGGAAGUUGACAAUCGAUCUAUAUAUGUUGGAAAUGUAGAUUAUGGUGCCACAGCAGAAGAAUUAGAACAACAUUUCCAUGGCUGUGGUAGUGUCAACAGAGUAACAAUACUUUGUAACAAAUAUGAUGGUCAUCCCAAAGGUUUUGCUUACAUCGAAUUUGCAGAACGUGAUUCUGUACAAACUGCAAUGGCUAUGGAUGAAUCUAUGUUUAGAGGACGCCAAAUUAAAGUUAUGCCAAAAAGAACAAAUAGACCAGGGCUAUCAAUGACAAAUAGGGGGCCUAGGGGUGUACGAGGUUAUCGUGGUAUGGCUCGAGGGAUAAUUCGUGGCAGUGCAUACUUUGGAUACAGACCUACUAGGAGGCUAAGAAGUUACAGGCGAGGGUACUAUAUGCCAUAUUAAACAUUUUAAACAUAGUGCUAUGGUUCAACGACUUCAAGAAAAAAAAAACUGAUACGAUGGGAAAAAAAGAGAAAGAAAAAACCUCAUGUCAAAAGAAAAAAAAAGAUUGGACAAAGAUGGGCACAAUUAAAUCAUUUGAUUUUAGUAAAUCACGACAUAAAAUUACAACUGUAGAUCUGCGACCAUUCACAAUUGUAGUUCAAUUAGUUACUUCUACCAUUUUCGUAUUAUAUAGUAAUGGUAGAAAUAGGUAAUAGUAUCAGUCUUGAUUAUUUUUUAAAAACCAAUAUCUUAUCUCAUAAUGUUGCUAAUAAAAUUUGAAGUCAAAAGGUACAUAUUGAAAACAAAAAAGAAAAAAAAAA